AAAAACACCAUUUCAGUGGUGUGGAUACCACCAAUUCACUUCAAUGGCUGCGAUGGUCGGAUUCCACCUCUCCGGCUACAAACCUAUCUCCUUCUCCUCCUCAAUCUCGAACUCUCUCCACUCAAAACUCUCUCUCCUAUCUCUCAACCCCUCUCCGCAACCGCGAAAAUCAACCGUCAUCCGUAUGGGCGGCGGCCCAAGAACCUUUCCCGGCGGCGUCUCAAAGUGGCAGUGGAAGAGGAUGCAAGCGAAGAAGCAGAAACAGCUCCUCAAAGCGAGGUUAUCCCGUGAACGACAGAUCUACGAGAUGCGUAAACGCGCCGAGCUAAAAGCGGCGGUGGCUGAGCUUGAGCGACCGUGGGAACCGGUUCAGAAACCGCCGAAUCUCUUCUCGGUUUGCGCCGACGAGCAGGUUAAGGUCUUAGCGGACCGGUUUCAGAAACCGGGCGGGUUUGAUCUCUGGACGGAGAGGGAUGGCCCGCAGCUGUUUGACGCCGUUGAUGAUUUGCCUUCCGCUAGGUUCUUCCCUAAAGAUGCUGUUCACAGUGUGAAACCGUACCGGAGUUUACCGAGCUCCGGUGAGUCAGAAGGAGAAGAGGGUUCGCGGAAACACGAAGGAGUCAAUGACAAUGGAACGCAUCGUGGUCGGAGGGUGAGGAAGAAUGUCUUGAUCAAUGGUGUGGCGAGAAAGGAAGAAGAAGGUAAGAGGAUGGAGAAUCGUGUUGUUAAUGGCGGAAAAUCGAGAAAUGGAAGAAGAUCAUCUCAGGUAUACGAUAUGACUUUGCAGAACGAUGGGAGAUACGAAGUUGGAUCUUAGUUCUAACUAGUGUUUCUUUGUUGCUGUCUUUGUACAAUUAGCGAUGAUGUAUGUCUGUCUGAACAUAAACGUGUAUGUAAAACAUGUAACAGCUUCCUUCAUCACAUAUUGAGCUGCAAUCAAAACCCUUCGGUUUUAGUAU